GCGACACGCUAGGGGACUUGGCGUCGAGCCCAAGGUUUGCGAGCUCGUUACUUUGUUCGUAACGGAGAAGUCACGUUCAGUUGCAUUAUAGUAGUCGUGGACGUUGGUUGUCGUUGUUCGGCAGUGCAGAAGCUUCUUGAACCACAUCUGCUUAGCAGAGACUGUGUCAAAGUUGGUUAGCUUAGUUCGAGUGUAACCAACGCAUUCAAUAAACACACCAACCAACACGCACUGUGCGGGCACCAAUCAGUUGCCUAGAGGUCAGUCAGAUCAACAAACAACCACAGCAAUAAACAUGUCCUCCCGCAAGACAGCCGGACGUCGCGGUACGACGAAGAAGCGUGCCCAGCGUGCCACCUCGAACGUGUUCGCCAUGUUCGACCAGGCCCAGAUUGCCGAGUUCAAGGAAGCGUUCAACAUGAUCGACCAAAACCGGGACGGUUUCAUCGAGAAGGAUGACCUGCACGAUAUGCUGGCGUCGUUGGGCAAAAACCCGACCGAAGAUUAUCUCGAGGGCAUGAUGAACGAAGCACCUGGACCGAUCAACUUCACCAUGUUUCUGACCCUGUUUGGUGAGCGGCUACAGGGAACCGAUCCGGAGGAGGUGAUCAAAAAUGCGUUCGGUUGCUUCGAUGAGGAAAAUGCGGGCGUCAUUAACGAGGAUCGGUUGCGGGAACUGCUCACGACGAUGGGUGAUCGGUUCACCGAUGAGGAUGUGGACGAAAUGUUCCGCGAGGCACCGAUCAAGAACGGACUGUUCGAUUACAUCGAAUUUACGCGCAUCCUGAAGCAUGGCGCCAAGGAUAAGGACGAGCAGUGAUCAGCGGACUCGAUCGCACACGCUUCUGUUAACAUCCUACGUUGGCUUUAACUUUUAACAUCAUCCUACCACCCCCUCUCAGUUCAAUACGCCUGCUGUAUGCGUUUACAUCGAGAUGAUCAAACUAACACGUAAUUCCAUUUGUGGCAAGUACCUUGCGUAAUUGUCUGUACCUUUUAAAUGUACUUCAGUAUUUCUUCCUCUAAAUUCGAUUGUUUUUUUAUUGCAUUAAAACCCCAAUUAUGGGGAGUUAAAUAAUAAACGAUCUGCGUAAUUGAUCUGUGUUUACGUAUAGUGACGAUUGGAAAUUGAAAUUCACAGUCGAUGGUUAAGCAUCCAAUUACGCCAAAAGAUUUUUAAGAGA